AUGGCCGAGCAUACAAAAGCGAUCCGUUUCGGAAUCAUGGGAUGUGCUAAGGCCGCAACAAAAGUGUCAAGAGCCAUCAAAAUGUCUCCCAAUUCAACCCUUUACGCCAUUGCCAGUAGAUCCUUAGAAAAAGCCCAGCAAUUUGCCACCGAAAAUGGCUACUCAGACCAACAAGUGGUGAUCUAUGGAAGCUACAGCGAAUUGCUGGAUGACCCUUUAGUGGACGCUGUUUAUAUGCCCCUGCCCACAAGUCUUCACUUGGAAUGGGCUGUUCUGGAUGCUGAAAAGAAGAAGCAUUUGUUGCUGGAGAAACCCACAGCCCUUGAUGCAACUCAGCUUGAUCGGAUAUUAGAAGCUUGUCGAUCCAACGGUGUGCAGUUCAUGGAUGGGAGUAUGUGGUAUCAUCAUCCCAGGACUGCGAAAAUGAAGGAGUUGCUCUCUGAUUCCAAGCUGUUUGGUCAAGUCAAAUCGAUAUACAGUUCAUCGUCGUAUGUUGGUGGUCAAGGAUUUCUUGAGAAUAAUGUACGUAUCAAAGCAGAUUUGGACUCCCUGGGUGCAUUAGGGGAUGCAGGCUGGUAUUGCGUUGGAGGCAUUCUGUGGGCUAUGAAUAAUAAUUUACCUACAACAGUAACUGCGUUACCUUCUGUUGUCCGAAAUUCAGAUGGAGUCCUUCUGUCUUGCACUGCCUCCUUGCACUGGGAAAAAGAAGAAAUAGUUGCAACAUUCUUCUGCUCCUUCCUUGCUCACGAGACCAUGGAUUUGACAAUUUCUGGCUCCAAUGGAACUCUUCAUCUCGAAGACUUUAUAAUCCCCUAUGAGGAGACCUCUGCAUCAUUCAAAUACACAUCAGGUGCAAAGUUUGUAGAUAUGCACAUUGGAUGGAAUGUAAAACCUGAAGAAGUUCAAGUAGAUACUGGUGAGCUUCCGCAAGAGGCUAGGAUGGUACAAGAGCUUAGUAGAUUAAUUCAGGGAAUCAAAUAUUCUGGGCGGCUACCAGAUCAGAAGUGGGCAGAAGUUAGCAGAGUGACUCAGUUGGUAAUAGACACAGUUAUAAGAUCAAUUAAUUAUGGUUUUGAACCUGUAUAUAUUUACUAGCCUUGUUGAGCAUUUCAAAUUCAGACUUUGGCAAACAUGCAGCAAUAACAUAUAGGUAAUGUAUGCAUCACAAAUUUUGAAUGAUGUUUCAUUAUCACA